AUGGGCAUGGAGUAUAUCUCGACCGGGACACCAAACGAGCCCAUAUCCUCUAUUGGUGCAGUUGUCAUUGAAAGCACCGGCUCAUACGACGACGAUACGAUUGUCACGAUGAGUCAAUUUCAAUUAUUUCCUCCGCCUUCACCGGAGACAAAAGCGGCCAAGAAUCCGUUUCGCAGAGGCAUCAAAAAGACACCAGCUGUGAAGGUUGAGCCUUCCUCUCCGAUUUCUCUCCAUGAGAUCAAAGACUCUACCAAAGCCGAGUCUGUGCUUCUUCAAAUCAUCGAAGACACUUCUUCAUUACCUCCCCCGCCAUCUCACGCACAGAAUACGCGGUCCAAAUCUCCAUCCGUGAAGGAAUCAACGCCUAGUUCCAAGUCUCCUCGGUCCCCCCGCAGUCAAAGCCGACAAGAAAACAAGUCUCCUGCACGAGUCUUGCAAUCGCGCGGGCAUGUGAGCAAUAGUAGUAGCAGUGAUCACACUACCAGCUCAACUGCUUCGCCUCAAUCAUCCCAGUCAUCUGUUUCACCAGUUCCAAUGAGAUCAUUGUUUCCUCGCUUCGAUCCAAAAGUCCCUCUGAACAACCAAAAUACUCAAUUCCAGAUGCAGAGUAGUGAUCAACCGACAAAGAAGUCACGCAGGCCGCAUCUAACUUUAGCUACCUCCUCUUCCGAGAUUGAUCAUGUCCUAGGGCCAAAGACUGUUCCCGCGAGUGUAUUGAACUUUCCAAAUGGUAUUUCGGAUUCGGAAGAGAUUCGAUACUCGACUCCAUAUGAUCUGGAGGUGCUGUGGGAAGCUGCAAAUGGUCAGCGGCCUCAAAGUCUCGCUGGGACAUUCAACCUGCGCAUGUCAAGAACUGGACCAGCGACCUUCACAUUUGGCAAUUCUCAACAGCCGUUUUACACUCUCCAGACCUUUGAAAAUGACGAACUAUCGAUCUCGCGAGGAGCCCCAUCGAAGCCUAACAGCGAUGUACCUAUCAUGACUUUGAGUCUUGAAGACCGUGGACGUCGCGAGCAUCCUCAUGAUGGCCUUGUUGCGCAGCUCUUUUCAAGGCUUGCCGCCAUGCUUGCUAUCGAGCAAGCAGACGAAAUCAGCAAACUUCAUCAACUGGCUCCAUCUGAGGCAGCGGAUGUUGAGAAUCAAGCUCUCAGGCGGGCGGCUGCCCAAGAGUCCUGCCGUUUGUCCUGGAACCGCAACUCAAGGCUUUACGAGCUUCGACACCCCUGCCUGACCAGACACCAACCCCCAGCCCUGGUGGGAGCUCAGGGUAUCCCUCUCUCUCCUGUGCGAUCCAAGUCUUCGGGAAUUUUGUACAUUACUGUUUCUGCGCCGUCAAGUGAUGCGAUGCCUCAUCAAGCCCCGACAAUCCUCGUCACUGGCCCCCCAUCUUCGAUGGCCCUAGCAGCAGCGCAGCAAGCCGCUAAUCCACGCACUUCGGUUCUCCCGGUCGCUGAUUCAGACGAGCCGCUGGCAUCUCUGGACUUUGCAACUCGGACCCUGACUAUCUCACCCGCUGCUGUCAUUGCCACUAUUCCUUCGUUAUAUGCCAUCGACUCGCUCAUCGCAGCUAUGCUCGCGGUCGCGGUCUCGGACGAAGCCACGAACCCAAUCUUGGCAGACAUGGAACUCGCAUCACCUAGCUUCACCGAGCCAGGCUCUUUCGGACAGGCUGUUGGUGCGCCGUACCGCGGGCCACUCAUCACAACCCAGGCCGAGCGUGAAGACUACGCCCAGAGUCUCCAGCUGGCAUCCCAAAUCCAAGCUGCGAACGCUAAAGCAGAGGGGUCAUCGAAAAGAAAAAGUUUCUUCAAAUUCUGGGAGAAAUAUCCAUCCGCCCCGGCAGGUCAGGUGCGGACUACGAAGAAAGGUCAACAAGAGAUCGUGGUUGAAGAGUUCGAUCUAGAGAAAUAUGGCCGCUAUGGCAAGGGGUCGAUGCGAGAAGGCGAGAAGCUUCCUGGCCUUACGCGGACCCUCUUGAAAAUAUUGUUUUUCGGACUGAACAUGUUGGUCAAGGGAUUGACCUUGAUGGUCAAGAUACUAGCAUGGUUGCUAGUUCAUUCAACGCGCUGCUUGACUAGCGACAAAUUCUGA